AUGGAAGAUUAUAAUGAGGAAAUUCAGUCAACAUCAACUGCUGAUGAGUGAGUUCAAGUUUAUUUUAAUAGGGGAAACCAUCACCCCAAAAACUAGAAAAAUAAAUUAAUUUCAGGUCUGACAGAAUACCAUCGCAUUUUCUAGUCGAAUUAACAUCACUCGAUGAGUUGGCAUUUCCGGCAAAUUCGACGAAACGCGUAAAAUACACGUGUGUCGCGUCAACUUCACGUAGUUUGAUAUUGGGAACGUCGACGGGGACGGUUUAUAUAUUUUCGAGAUAUGCGGCGAAAAGUCGAUCGAGGCAACAAGCACCAGUUCCGGUACAUGUAUUUACGACGAGGGAUGGGCAGAUUAACACGGUGAGUUGCGGGGAAUUCAAAAAAUGUUGAAAAUCUUUCACUCUAGAUUUUUAAUAAAAUAUAUGUUUUCUAGUAGUUUUCACGAUUUCGUCAUCUAAAAUUGCAAAACUCAACUCCUAAUAUGAGUUAUGACGUGGCAAGUGAGAAUUUCAGGAGCUGAAAACUAGCUGCAAAUAGAUUUUCAUGCAAAAUUUGAUAGCAUACCGUUUUCAGCUCCGGAAUCCCUGAUUUUUCAAAUUUUGCCACGUCAUAACUCAUAUUAGCAGUUGAGUUCUGAAAUUUUAGAUGAAGAAAUAGUGAUCGGCGGGUCGAAAACUACUAGAAAACAUAAAUCUUGUUGAAAAUCUAGAGAGAAACAGAUCCCUUGAAAAAUACGUUUCAAAUAUUCCGGAAAAAUGAAAAACCUUUCAAUUUUCUUUGUUUAAAUCUGGAAGACCUCUAUUUUUAAAAGAAAAAUGUUACAUCCUAUAAAUAUAGGCCCAAAAUCCAGGCUCUCUAAACCGAAAAAUUUUAAAUUCAAGCCUGUAAUUUCAGAUUUAAAAAAUUUACCAGAAUUCCCUCUCCUCAACCCUCAAAUUCAAAUUUCAGAUCUCCCUCGCCUCAUCCGAAGAACUAAUGGCAAUUGGCGGUGAUUCGGGUCGAGUUUCAGUUGCUCAAAUGAAUUCCGGUCAAUCUCCCACCCUAUUAUACACGAUUUCCGGAGAUGCUCGAAAUCCCGAUAAAGUUACCGCUUUGGGAUGGUCAAAUGAUUGUAAACAAGUUUUUUCGGGUCAUUCGAGUGGAAAUAUUCUUGUGCAUCGUUUAGGAGUGAGUUCUUUUAACUUGAAAUUUAUCCUAAUCCUAAUAAAAAAAUUCUGAUUUCAGAAUCGUUCGGUAUUUCGAGCGUCUCAUCAAAAAUUAGCCAAAUUCGAUGGCGAAAUCAUUCAAUUGGAUGUAUAUUCAGAGCAUAUUGUAGUAUCGACAAAUCUUGCCGCUUAUAUUUUACACGUUGAAAGUGGAACUAGUCAACAAAUAGGAAAAAAGGGGCGAAAUUCAGCAUCGGCUCUCGGAGCAUGUUAUAUUCGAGCAGGAGAGCAAUCGGGAUAUAUUGUGGCAGCUCGGCCGAAUGGAAGACUGUGGGAAUCGAAUUUGGUGGGAGUUGUUUAUCGAACACAUCAAUUUCGACAGAAUAAAUAUGUUCCGCGAAGUCCUCCGAUAUCUUUUCGAAAUGCGUUUCCGAUGGAGAAUUCGGAAUUUGAUGGAAUACAUCCGGAAAAUCAGGAUGUUAUGUUUAGUAGUUUGAAAAUUAUGGUUAUUCAAGAUGGGAAGAAGCAUUGGAUUUUAUCGGCGGUUGGAUCUCGAAUUGUUAUUGUUGAUUCGGAUUCAUCGAAAAUUGUGGUGCUUUCGGAAUUGGAAAAUGGUAAGGGUUUUGAAGAAGGAAGAAAAGAAGAAGCCUUAACCUCUUCAGGAAAAAACUCUUGA